AUGGUCCUGCUACUAGGCGUCAAUUUCUCCGAGCAGCGGCUCGUAAAACGUGCCCUCGAGACCUUCUACGGCAUCGGCCCCUCCGUCUCAACGCGCAUAAUGGCCCGCUUCUCCAUCCACCCGACCGCUAAGAUCCGCGACCUCGAGAACAAGCACAUCACAGACCUGACCGCCGAGCUGACGGGCAUGCGGAUCGAGAAUGACCUCCGGCGGCAGCUCAGGGAAAAUAUUACGCGGCUGAGGGAUAUGGGGAGUUAUAGGGGCAGGAGGCACGCUAUGGGGUUGCCGGUCAGGGGGCAGAGGACGAGAACGCAGAUACAAACGGCGAGAAAGCUGAAUCGGAUCGAGCGGAGGGGGUAG